AUGGUGAAGGUACGGAUGAAUACGGCCGACGUGGCGGCGGAGGUGGCGUGCCUCCGCCGCCUCAUCGGCAUGCGCUGCGCCAACGUCUACGAUAUCUCCCCCAAGGCAAGUUCGAACCGAUCCCUCGCGUUCCCUCUCCAACGUCUGAGAACCCUAGGGUCGAGUUUCCGUUAACACUUAAAUAUGUAUGUGUAUGUGUGUAUUUUUUCGAGCCACCUUUUGCCCUUUCAGAAUGUGCAGUUUUUGCUAUGUGGUGGAAACGGUUAGGGGAUAUUUUGCAGUUUAUCACAGGGUUUCGAAUUAUAUUAAUUUUAAUUUUCUAUUGGUAAUAGGGUCUAGUUGGGGAAGCUUUUAGUGACCUUGAAGUGUGCUACAAACAUUUUUCGUCCAUGACGUCAAAAUGGAAAGACUUGAUCGCAAGUCUUGACUUAUUUGGCAUCAUCGUCAAACAAUUUCCACAACAUGACAUGAGGGAGUACUAGAAAUCUUGGUGAGCUGGAAUCAAAGUGCUCUUGUUGAAAGGUGGAAAAUAUAGUGGCGGAUGACUGCAAAGAUCCUGUGAAGUAAGAUUUGAAAUAAUUAAUCUUGAAGGUAGGCUGCGAGAGGGGAUGUGAUCAGGUUGAAUGGAGUUGCCUCAUCUUGGUGUUAGAUUGGGUAGACUUUGAUCAUGGAAUCAGAUAAAUCCACACCUGCAGAACUAGUAUUCGGUUCAUAGUGUUAGUUAAUUAGGAGUCAGCAAGAUGAUUUUAUAGUUGUUAAGCUUUGAGGAAAGGAGUUUCUUUGUCGCCUCCCCUUUGCCUUCUUGCAAUAAAGAUGUUGAGGAGAAUGUUAACUGAGAGUUCAAGGUUGAGAUGGGUUCGUUUCCAGCUUUGUGGACAAGGCUUUUGGUGAUUCACCUCCAGUAUGCCAAUAUUACGUUUUUUCUCUCUUUUACACUAGGAGAUUAAUUACAUUUGACCAGGUUGGUGUUAAAGUUUAUUCAAGAGGCCAGUGGACUCAUGUAAAUUAUUUCUGAAUGAAUGUUUCUGAAGUGUACUCUGAUAAGAGGGAAGGUAAGACGGCCGCUGUGUUCCUGGGACAUUUGGGGGGAGUUUCCCACACUCCUUGAAUGAGUUGCUCACCAUGGAUUAUACGAAGACUGUUAGAAACGGAAUCUUCAAUGAUGUGAUGGAAAGAAAGGCUCCUCUGAUAUGGUGACCUGCUUAUUUAUGGUAAGCAUUGUUUCCAAGCCUAUCCAUAUUCAAGAGACGGUUUACACUGUUGUGUUGGUGGCUGACAUUGUGCACAAGGAAUGGGUAGUUAUUAGAUGCAAACAAGGAUUUGAGACGUCUAACCUAGUCACCCUAAUAACGUUUCUAUGGUGUUGGAUGACAUUCUAUGGGCAUUUCACCUUAGAUAUUAUCUGGAAGGUUUUUGGGAGGAUAUUGGGAACACAAUUUUGCAUUCCGCAUUCUUUUUAUAGCUGAUGAAUAAGUGAUAGUACUGGCUUUUGGAAAGCUCUUAUCAGCUUCGAAAGCAUCAAACAUUGUGAUAUGCAAGGUUCUUAUGAAUAUAAGAAGAGACACUCACUUUGCAUCAUUGGAGUCGAAAUUUUAGAUGUCUUCAAUGGACCAAAUAAUCUUAUCUUGAUGUAGAACAUAACUGCAACCAAUAAGGAAGGCUCAUAAAGUUUAGCCUAGACAACCAUAGAGCAUAGGGUUUAAGACCCAAGAUCCGUCCAAAAUAUAAAUCUUAGCCCAAAGGCCGAAAACACAUGAAGAAAGCGUGAUUUUUGUAGGUUUAGUAAUUUUUUUCCUUUAAAUAGGCUCUCUUUUACUUUUGCUUUUAGACCCUACUGUUUUGGCGAUCUAAAACCAAUUCGAUCUAUUUAAAAGCUCAUGAAGUGUGUAGAACAAGACAUUUUUCCCACUGAUAAUCAUUUUUUUAUUCUCUCUAGUGAUUUCUCUCCUUCUAGAUUCAAGAAAACUCUUGUAGAUUUAAGUGAGUUUGGUUUUCGAUCAUUGUGAACUCAAGGAUCACUCGAAUCAAUUCCUGUAUACUCUAGAACUGUAGAUUUAUUCCUUAAGGAUUCAAGGUACGAUUUUCAUUGUUCCCCAACUUCUAAGUACAUCAAGUGAUAUUAGAGCAAGGUUUUAAAUCCCAGAUUCGCCAAUUUACAAGGUAAGGACUCUUUCAGGAGUAGAUUUUUUGAGUUGGAAAAUGUCAGUCAAAAUCUCUAAGAUAUGCAUUAUACAUUGCACCAACUUCCUAUGAUUAUAUUCAUCUGAUUUAUAGCACCUCUCUUAUCCUCAAAAUAGGUAGUCAGCUAUCGAUGAAAAUUUUUCAGGCAUAAAGAAUCAUUCAUUAUUUGUAUUUGGAACUAUUAGUAGCAGGUUCAGAGAGAAAGAUCCAAAAGACUUUCAGAUGAUGAUUGACUUGGCAAGUUUUCAAGGUCAUAUAUUCAUCAAAGAAUGUUUCUGCUGAUUGGUAAAAGUUGAACUUGAACGGCUCAUAUAUUAAAGAAAAAGCAGCCAAAAUUUGUUUCAUACAUGUUGAAAUGUGAUGCCUUGGCAUAAUGGGAACAAUGUUAGGUGACACGAGUUAGAACCAAUGAAGAACCAAUUCAUAAAGAAUAAAAAUGAAGAAAUUAUUGAAAACUUGAUUUUUCCUCUUAAUAUUGAGCAAAUAUGAGACCAACAAUAUCAAAGUUGCAAAGAGAAAAAGAGAACCAUUGUACAGUAAGGGAAAUUUUAGAGAUUCUCAUCUUAUAUUAAUCUAGUAGAGUUUAAAUCUUAUAAAGCUUCUCAUUUUACAAAUUGAAUCUGAUGGGAAUCAAAGAAAGGUGAUCUACAAGUGGUUUUUAACUUAGUGAUGUUUUAGUGACAUAAAAAAGGCCUAAGUUUCUGAUUGAAAAUGCAAGGACUAGAUCUUGGAAUUCAACUAGGUGAUAGCGACUUUGAAAUAGGUCAUGAAGCAUGCUAGAAAAAAUGUACAACGAAGAUUAGUUUCAGUGGACAAAGGGAAAAUCCUUGUGGUCAUAUUGGUCUAUGGAAAUGCUUCAAACGAGGGGAGGAAGGAGACAAGUCAAAUGAGCUCAGAACAACUUAUAGGAAAUCUCACAGAACUUGCAAAGGCAAGCAAUGAGAAUACACAACCAAUUUUCAAGACAAUGAAAUAUUGAAGGUGAUGAUGGAGAUAUGCUCUCUCACUCAUUAUUUGUUAAGAGACUUAUGUUCAUGCCAAAGAAAGAUGAACAUUCUUAGCAUCACGACAAAUUUUUCCUCUGUAGGCUUUAGAAAAUCUAUUGUACUCCAUUUUGGACGUAUUUGAUUGACGUCCUCUCCAUAUUUGUACCAUUUUUGUGGACCCAUAGGGGCAAGGAUUUUUCAUUCCACCCUAUGUACUAGGUUUGUGAAACUAGAUCUUAGUGAUACAUUUUCUGUAGCACACCUUGUGGCCUAUUUAGAAGCUAUUGCAGUUUUCCUUUUUCUUAUUGAUGUCAUGAAAUAUUGGUUAAAUUCUUAGGCCUAGUCCUCACCUUCUCAAUUAGAGACUUAGCAUAUUCUGAUGUUAUUACAACAUCACUAAGUUAUAAAAAAAAUUGUAAUUUGUCUUUUCUUCAAGUUCUCAUCCUACACAAUUUUUAAAAUGAGAAGUUAUACAAGAUUCAGAUUGUACUAUUUAAUACGAGGUAAUAAUCUAUAAAAUUUCUUAACAAUAGUUCUAUUUUUCUCUUUGCAACUUUGAUAUUGUUGUUAUAAUAUUUUCUCAUAAUGAAGAGGAAAAAUCUAUAUUUCAAUAAUUUCUUCAUUUUUAUCCUGUAUGAAUUAGUUCUUUAUUAACUCUAACUCGUCUUACCUGGAAUAUUUCCCACCAUGUCAAGGCACCAUCUUUCAACAUUCAUAAAACAAAUUUUUCCUACUUUUUCUUUAUGAUUUUCAUAUAUUAAAAAAAUCAUUCAACUUUUACCAAUAUUCCUUGAUGUGUAGAUGUCCUUGAAAACUUGGCAAGUCAAUCUUCAUUUAAAAGUCUUUUGCACCAUUUUCUUUGAACAUACCACCAGUAUUUUCAGAUAAAGUAGUGAAUGAUUAUUUAUGCCUGUAAAAUAUUCAUCAAUAGCUGGCUGCCUAUCUCAAGGAUAAGAGAUGUGGCACAAAUCAGAUGUCUAUGAUCAUAGGAAGUUGAUGCAAUGUAUCAUGCAUAUCUUAGUAAUGUUUAUUUUUUCCUAUGACUGUGUUAUAUGUUGCUGAUAGGUCUGUCUCACAUUCUCUAAACUAUUUUACAAGUCUGUCUUAUAUAAUGUCUUCUUAAUUUUAGUUUUAUUGUUAGCUUUUCGUUUUUGAGCAAUCUAUUGCUAAUGUUUUCAAAUCAUCAAUUAUUUCCUUAAGAAAGUAGAACAUGAGUAUGUUCAUCCAUCCUCCUUAUUCAUCUAGAAAAAGAUGUGCGAUUUUUAUCUAUUUUUUAAAGUAAUUCUGAGUUUUAUUAUGCUGAAGUCUUCAAAUCUUUAUAGAGAUAUUUGGAAAUUUUGGAACGUUUUUCUGCUAUUUGAUGUUGUGGAGAAAUGUUUAAAAGUAAUAAUUUUUUCGUAACAUUUGAUUUCUAGUAGUCAUGUUGAUUGGAGAUUCGAAAAUUUAGAGUUUGAAUUGUCUUGAGAAGUUUUCAAGCUGCUAAACAAAGUUUUUUUGAGUUGGUUGAACUUUUUUAAAAGUGGGAGGUACCACAAAAUCAUUAAUUAAAAAUAUAUCCACAUACAUGUAUACAAUCACACAUAAAAAAAUGUUGAACUCUUUAAGAGAAUCAAAAAGCGUACAACAGGGUAGCGUAGGGUACUCUUUUUAUGGUGGAAGACACAUCCUUUUCUCUGUGACACACGCAUAUGCACAGACAUUAAUUACACAGCGUCUUCCCACUCUUACAUGUUAAUCAAGAACAGGAUGAAUUCUAUCUGCAAAAUGUAGUUCACACACCCAAACACCUGGCUAUUGACUUCUUUCCAACAGCCAAGUGUCUCAUGUUGUAUAAGCACCACAUUACAUGGUCCAAUUUCAUAUCUGCAGGUAUGUGGCUCCUAAUGCAUACUGUACUGAAGAUCUUUAUCUAUAGCUGUUGUGUGAAGAUAAAUAAUCCUUUGGGUUUAUGUGAACAACAUAAGUGAUUUAGUUUAACUUGUUAAAAAAAUUAUUAAAUAUAAUCCAGUUCAAAUCUACACAAAUAAUGAAUCAAAAUAAAGGGUUAUAUGAAUUAUGUAGGAUAUCGACAAGCAAUGGUGAUCUUUGCAAUCUGAAAUCUAUAACAUUUCAUCGAAAGUGCGAUUUUGAUUGAAUUUAUUUUUUUCGUCGUCUGUAUAAAUUGGGUGGAUAAAUUUAGUCCAAAAUUUUGUAGGUUGAAUCAAGUUUUCUGGAUCACUUUUGCUACUGGUCAUUGACGAUUUUGUAUGGCUCACACCCUAAGAAAAACAUUAAUCUACAAAAUGCGUUUCUACUCAGUUAUUUGACUGGCAUAAAAAAUUGGUUGGCCAAGUUUGGCAUUUUUCGUCCAAAUUGGACUAAAAAGAUUGGAAACGGUUAAACUACAGAAUCUGUUUGCUACGGUUGCAGUUGAGUGGCAUGCAGAAUCAGUUGGAUGAAUCAUCGUACUUUUAUACUGAUUGAACCUGUAAAAAUCUAUUUUGGUCCUCUUGGUUUGGCUGGUCCAUUUUAGACAAAUGUGAUUCUUAGUUCUAGGCCCCUAUACGCAUUAGGGUUGACUGAAUGUGAAGUUAAUUUUAUUUAGUUAGUUUUUGGGCUUUUAGUGGAAGAUACAUUGACUCAUGCAUGCCAGAUUUUGGUUGGUUAACAACCUUACGUGAUGAAUUUAGUUUUUUUACUAUAUUCUGAUUGUUCUCGUUAUUAUGCGUUUUGUUCUUGUAGUUUCUCUCUGCAUUAUUUCAAGUGCGGUACUUAUUUUGCAUUGAUAGUCUUUUUUUGACUGGGAAAGGGUCUGUGCUGUUUAUUUUCUCUGUUUCAGACGUAUCUUUUUAAGCUUAUGAACAGCAGUGGAGUGACAGAGUCUGGGGAAAGUGAAAAGGUUUUAUUGUUGAUGGAAAGUGGUGUGAGGUUACAUACAACUGCAUAUGUUCGGUAGGCCUUAAGGCAAACCACUUGAUCCUUUUCUUUUUUGCACCCAUCUUCUACAUGAAAAUUCAUUGAGGAAACUUUUUAUGCUGAUCAGGGACAAAAGCAUGACACCAUCUGGAUUUACACUUAAAUUGCGUAAACAUAUACGCACAAAAAGGCUUGAGGAUGUGCGGCAACUGGGCUAUGAUCGUGUAUGAUCUAUAUGUAUUUUGGUUUUUAUUAUUUUCAAUAAUGGGUGCAACAUCUUGAACUCUCUCGUGGGAGGAAAUUUUUCCUUUUGAUCUUGUUUCCAUCAUAGGGAUUAUUGAUUGCUAAUAGUGGUGUCUGAUUCUCCAUCCAGAUCAUCCUUUUCCAGUUUGGAUUGGGGGCGCAUGCUCAUUAUGUAAUUUUGGAGCUGUACUCUCAAGGGAAUAUUCUUCUUGCAGACUCUAAUUAUGUUGUCAUGACCUUACUUCGCUCCCAUAGGUCAGUGCUCAGCUUCUCUUCACUAUCACUUCCAUAUUUUACCCUUUGUCAUGUACUGCUGGAUCAGAAGUGUAGGAAUGAAGGUUCGCAAAUAUGCCUUUCAUGCUUGAUCUUCAUGCGUUAGGUUCAUGCUUUAUUUUCGUUCAUAUCUAUGAUAUUUCCAGAAAAAUGAGAUGAAAUACUGGGAACACUUGAAACAAGCACAUCCAAAUAAAAGUAAAAUGAAUUAAUUUGAUCCUUUGAAUUACUUUAAAUUGGUCACCUGAUUGCCCAUCAAAGUUUUAAAUUCUUUUUACGAUUCUAGGAAAUUAGUUCCUUGUGUCAAAUAUAGAUAAGGUAAUGCCUAAGAUAACUUUGGGCAAUGCUUGUUUCCGUUUAAUGUGUGGUGCUCAACUUGUACUUGUAUGAAAAAUUCUUGUUUUAUACUCAUUUUACUGUGUUAUAUUGAUUGCUCAUCCCAUUUCAUGCUAGCUUUUCCUAGACAGUGUCACAUCUAAAUACUGUCAGUCUGAAUACUGUCAGAUCAAAUGUCUAAUUUGAGCUUCAUGAAACUAGAGAUGAUGACAAGGGACUAGCAAUCAUGUCACGCCAUCGGUAUCCAGUUGAAGCAUGUCGUACUUUUCAAAAGACCACCUUGACAAAGUUACAAGAGGCACUUUCAUCUUUAAGUGCGUCUGGCCAUGGUGGUUCUCUGGAUGCAGAUAAUUCUAUUGGCAAUGAUAGCAUUAAAUCUAAAAAUGAAGCAAAAAAGCUUCCCACUUCGGGCAACAAGGUCAAUGAUGGUGAUCGGUCUAGUAAGUUGACAUUGAAGACUGUUCUUGGGAACAUAUUAGGCUAUGGACCUGCACUUUCAGAGCACAUUAUACUGGAUGCUGGACUUCUCCCAAAUAUGAAAAAUGAUCAGUUUGUUAGUAAAAUUGAUGAUAAUGCCAUGCAGGCUUUGUCACAGGCUGUUGCCAGGUUUGAGGACUGGCUUGCUGAUGUUAUUUCAGGUCAAAAGAUCCCUGAAGGUUACAUUUUGAUGCAGGCCAAGAUGCCUGGGAAGAAGGAAAAUGCUUUAACUCAAGAUGCUAUUUCAGGAAAGGUACAUGUCCUUUUUGUCUUUCGUGUGUUCUUGUCGUUAGUAGCUCAAGUUAUGUUAUCGGAAACCAAACAUUGGCUAUAUUGGCUCAUAAUUGAGUGGUAAAACAACUCAAAGAGGAAUAUUAUUGUGGCAUUUCAACAUUCAAUGGGGAAGAUCACACUUCGCUAUCUGACUUGUUUUUCCUCAUUUCUAGAUAUUUUUGAUGGUCUAGUGAAGGAUUUUGUUUGUUGCUUUCUGGCUGUAUGAGUUGUAAAUACAUUUCGGAAAAGCAUUUUAUCCAUUAAUCAUUCCAAUGAGUCCGUCGAUCUCAUAAAAGAUCACAUACGCCAAGGGCACCUUGUCUCUCCAUUCUAAGAGUUGCUGACAGCUAGAGCAAUUUUGUCAAACCUUUAGAUUCUUCAUGUGGUCUUGGUGUACCAGGAUAGAUUGGAUAAUUGAUACAUUACAGCUAUCAACAUGUACUUGUGUUUGACAUUUAAUAUACCCAUAUGAUUUAAAGACAAAAUUUGGAACCAGAAUCAUUGUACUAAAUGUGGUUCUGGCUCCAAUCAUGUUGGAAAAUGGCUCGCUCUUCCAUGUGAGUGGUUCCUAAUACGAGGAAGAAAACAAAUUAAGCAGAUACGACUGACUAGAGUAUAUCAGGAAGGUUGAAAAACAAGUUUUUGGUUGGGGAUGGUGAGGGUGUGUGGGAUUUGUUGGGGAUGGAAAGCGAGAAUCCAUCAUAUGAUAGUUAUUGUGGUGAAACAAACUUUAAAUCGUUGGAUAUGGCAAGUGAACUCCACUGUGCUAGAUGAACAUUGCUGGCCUCAUCUUCCUCCCUUGCCCUUUUUUUUUCAUUUUAUCCUCAACUUGUUGAGGUUUUGGACGGAACUUAACGGAUUUCAAGUACUACGUAAUCCCUUUAACAAGAAAUAAUAGGAAAUUUUCAAAUACCUUUUUGGUUGUAGUUCCUUAUGUUUAGGCAAUACGUGGUGAGCAGCAUGAUGAGUCAGUGGAGUAAGUGACAAAUACUGUGACCUAGGCAAAGGUUGAAAACAUGUUGUUUUCCCUGUUCAAGUCUGACACCCUCUGAUGACCUUGCAUUAGGUUGAAAAAGUACGCAAAUAUAUAAUCCAGUUAAGUCUCUGUGUUUUUAUCAUUGCAAUGACAAAACGAUUUAAACGGCACUUUUCGUUCAUUUGGUCCUCAAAGUAGCCGUCAUGUACAUGGUAAGAUCGUUUAAUUGAUUUAAUGAUCUGAAAUCCUUUCUGAUGGUAAAAAUUCAAUUUAUUCUGUUGAUGUGUAAUUCUUAUAUCGCAAGAAUAAUUUCUUACCUGAUCUCUUAGUCAACUCUUUAAAAGAUUGGACUAUCUUCAUAAUUGCAAUACAGAAGUUUUUUUCUGUCAUAUUAUAAUUUUGGGAUGCUUUUCAUUGUUUUUUCGGUUUUUUUAUUUAUAUUUUAGAUUUCAAGGGAAGCCUUAUUAAGUCCUUCCCCCUAGAAUCUGUUGAAUUCUGGGUACUGAAUCUUUUCAUGGUUGGGCACACAGAUUUAUGAUGAAUUCUGUCCUAUUUUGCUUAAUCAAUUUCGAGCGAGGGAGUUAAUGGAAUUUGAGACAUUUGAUGCGGCUAUGGAUGAGUUCUAUAGUAAAAUUGAAAGCCAAAGGUCAGAGCAGCAGAAGAAGACAAAAGAGGAAUCAGCAUUCCAAAAGCUAAACAAAAUACGCACAGAUCAGGUUUGUAUGUUCACGUUUUCAAUUGUAAAUUACUAGUAGCGCUUUUAAGCAGACUUUGGAAAAAGAUUUGGCAUCUUAAGCCAGCUUGUUGUCUUCUCACUGUUUAGUAGUUGAUGUGUAAUGCUUGACUCAUGCAUGUUUGAUACUUCAUUCUAAAUUCUUGAAUGGUGGAAAUAGUCUUGUGGUAAUUAUUUCUAUCCUCAUCAUUAUUUUUCAUUGCUGUCUAACUAUAGCUAUUUCUAAACAUCUAAAGAAUCCAAAUUUUACUGUUCAAAUUUUGUAACCAAUUCGGCAAAAUACUGAUUGUUGGGCAGCACAGUUUUUUAUAAUUUUUCAUCCUGUAGUUGUGCCUCAUCAGAAAUUUAAUACCCUUCAUCUACCUAACACAUCUAUUUUAUGAAAUUGUAUUGCAGUGUUACUCUGCCUUAUGAUAUAAAAGGAAACUUCCUUAUACUUCAACAAUGUCAAUUCCAGGUCUUAUGAUAUGCAAUUUGUAAACAUGUAAAACAAUGCAUUUUUCUGCAUCUUGCUUUGUUUCCCGGCUAUUAGCUGAAAUCGAGGUGUUUUCUUUGACAAUACUAUAAUGCCAUACACAGGAAAAUCGUGUGCUUGCUCUCAAGAAAGAAGUAGACCACAGCAUAAAAAUGGGUGAAUUGAUUGAAUAUAAUUUAGAAGAAGUGGAGGCUGCAAUUGUUGCUGUUCGUGUAGCACUUGCCAAGGGAAUGGAUUGGCAAGAUCUUGCACGUAUGAUAAAAGAAGAGAAAAAGCUGGGAAACCCUGUUGCUGGGCUGAUUGACAAGCUCCAUCUUGAAAGAAACUGCAUUACGUUGCUCCUGAGCAAUGAUCUCGAUGAGAUGGAUGAGGAUGAAAUUACACAACCUGCUGACAAGGUAAGUUUUAAAAUAUUUUCUUUUUCUCACUUUUGAAAUUGUUGAGCAACUUCCUGCUAAGAUCUUGGGUUUUUUGUGAGUGGUAUGUAUAUUUAUCUUACAUGUACUUGAGGCACAUGCUUUCAUAAUAUUCUUAUUUUUUCUUGGACAAUCAUUUGCAUACUUGUGCUAUACUCUUUUUGAAAACUUUGGUUGGCAAGUGUUGUAUCAGGCGCAAUAUACUGUCACUAUUUAAUACCGUUAUCCAUUUUUAUUCAUUACUUAUUUUUCUGUCAGCACUUCUAAUAAUGGUUAUUGGUGUUGGUUAAACUGGCGGCAGCUCACACUGGUGGCCGUGCAUGUCUUACAUGUUUAUCUGACUUCUAAUAAUCGUUAUUUACUUCAUUACUUAUUUUUCUGUCAGUACUGGGAGCAAUGAUAAUAGGUGUUAGUUAAACUGGCGGCAGCUCAUACUUGUGCAUUUCUUACAUAAAGCAGCUGUUGAAAAGUUGUUUAUAAGAAUCACCUUUAGGAAUCGAUCAACAUUUCCAUUCUUUUGUUCGUUACACCAAAGAAGUUGUAUAGCUAAAAAAGUACCAUUUAUUUAGAUUGCAGAAAGUAAGACUGUACCAAUUUUAUUCUUAUUAUACCUCAGUAUGGGAAAGUUUCCAUUCUGUAUUUUGUAUGAACAUUGUAAUAUAGAUUUAGAUAUUAAUUAAAGCAUAUCAAUAAAACUUGAUUUAUGUGGUCCUAUCCACUUUAGAUAUGGAAAAUCAUGUUUGCCAAAGUGCUGUGAUGAUCUUUGUUUUGUGCUUUUCUUUAUUUUUGAUGUUUGAAUACGAGCUUAUGAGCCAUUGAAUCCUAUCUGUGGUCAGAUUCCCACACAUCUAUUGGUUUCUCACCACAGCCUAUGACUAAUAUUCGGUUUUUAUAAGUUAAAUUGUUCAAUUAUUUUUUUAUGUAUUAUGUCAGGUAGAAGUAGAUUUAGCACUUUCAGCGCAUGCAAAUGCCCGUCGGUGGUAUGAGUUGAAGAAAAAGCAGGAGACUAAACAAGAGAAAACUGUGUCAGCGCAUGAGAAGGCUUUUAAAGCAGCUGAGAGGAAGACAAAACUUCAACUUGCACAGGUAACUUUACUUCGUCAGCUGUUUUUGUCAUGAUUCUUUGUUUAUAUUUGACAGUCAUGUCUGGUAAGUUUCCUCGUUCUCUAGCUUAAAGCUUGAGUUUAUCUAUGUUAUCAGAGAACAGGUAUUAUCAAGUUCAGUUUUUAGUUUCUAUCAAGAUGAGUCUGAAAUUCUCAUCUGCUAACAGCAAAAACUGAAGAAGAAAAAAUGAACAGCUGCAAAACAAUAUCAAAAUACUCCAUUUCUUUUCCUUCCAGCAGUAAUGUAAAAUUUCUGUCAGGAUGGUUUGUUUAUUCAAAUACAUCAAUUUAAUCAUGUCAGGAGAUGAGAAACUAGUCUACAGUCCAGUCGGAUCGUUUUUUUAACCUUUUGAAAUGCUAAAACAAUUAUCAUAAGAAGUGAUGGAUAACUUUAGCAAAAGCAUGUUGGAGCCUUCAACAGAUUAUGAUGCAUAUGCAUUAUUGUGUUAUAUGAUAAUAUAGUUCACUCUUAAAUGAAAUUAUGGGACGCAGUUCCAAUUCUGUUCUAAAGAAAAGUGAUGCUCUCAAAUGACUGAAGAGAUGAGAUACUUUCUAAAGUAAUUGGGUUCCUAGAAAAAAAAAAACAGCAGCCAUUUCAGAGAAGCACAGCUUCAUUGUGCUAGUCCGUCAAAUAAAGUGAAACAGACAAAGUCAAGACCAUUGUGCUGCUGCAAGUCUAUGUAAUUUUUUAGUUUAGAGUUAAUUCUUGUGGUAAUUAUGAUUUCUAUAAGUCUGAAAUCAGUUUCCCAAUUAUCCAAAGUGAUCGGAACCCAUGUUUUAGUUCCUUUUUGUUCUUUAUUUACGUUUACUAGGUUUUUCUAUAUAUUAAACGCAUUUGAUGUUAUCUGGCAGAUUGCUAUUAGAGAAACCCAAGACGCCCGUUUUUGGGCUGCUUGAAGAAAUAAAUUUCUUUCUAGGAGCGAGCCCGAAUACGAUUGAGAAGCAUCGAAAGAGGGAAUAGCCCUUAAUUGUUUGACGACUAUACUAUAAUAAUGAAGGACAAAUUGGUUUUCCGUGUCCAGUGCCUUUUAUCCUCUUUCAGUGCUUCCUUUGAACAUGUUCCCAAUCGAGUGUUUUUUUCACAACUUUUGUCCUCGUGGCAUUUUUCUUUGCAUCUUUCUUUCUCAUAUGGCAUUUUGGAUCUCCAUGAGAAGUAGAGUUGAGCAUUUCUUCAAGAAAAACGUUCAGGUUUGAGAGAUUAGGACAAAUAAAUAAGAAGACACGAAACGGAAUAGGGAAGGCUGAUGGAUCGAGAAUAUCAAGAAAAUCGUGAACCACUGGAUUAUCAUUCCUCUUCAGUCUAUCUAUCUUCAGACUUCAGUUCCCCUGUGACUGGUUAUGGGCCUAGGAAGAUUAUCUGAGCUCCUCACUUUCCUAGAUCCACACCUCACCAUGCUAAUAAGCUUUUCAUAUCGCUUCUUCCAAUUAUUGUUAUUAUUCCUCUCUCUAGGUUCAUUUCUGAUUCAAAUCUAUUAAAUUCCAAUUCUGACCUGCAAGUCAGGAGUUUUUGCCCUAGACACUUGUACUGGAGGAAUGCCACUUUUUGAGGACCAACACAAGCAUAAUUUUUAUUUUAAACCUUAAGGUAUUUGUGUGAUAUUCACAUAUCCUAGUAAAUAUCUCUGGCAUUUCACGAAUUCUUUUGCGUCAUAAUUUUUUUUCUAAACUCAAAAUAUGAGAGCACACAGUCCGGAGUCAUGGCCUGUUAUUUGCAUGCGGACAGAGAUUGAUUUUCCUGUUGUAUUCUAUUUCUGCUGGGAGGAGGAGCUUGAUCAGAUUCUUGCCAUCUUAAUUUGUAUUUAUUUACAGGAAAAAACUGUUGCUGCAAUUUCUCAUAUGCGCAAAGUCCACUGGUUUGAGAAAUUCAAUUGGUUUAUUAGUAGUGAGAACUACUUAGUCAUCAGUGGUCGUGACGCUCAACAAAAUGAGAUGAUAGUCAAGAGAUACAUGUCUAAGGGAGAUCUGUGAGUAUUUCUUGAUCGCAUGGUCACAUUCUCUACCUUGCAACCUCUUCUUGGAGUUGCUGAGCGAGUUUGUAUUAUUUUACAUUAAAUGAUUCAAUGCCUUGCUAUCAAUUACUAAGCACAUAUCAGAUUCUAUUUUUAACCGCGAAGAUAAACCAGCAGCAUGCAAAAACACAUCUGGCAUGUUAAUCAACAGUUAACUACUUUGGGUGUUCCCCCAAAUAGUGCCCAUGCCGCAUUUCAGACGAACAUACUAGCAACAUUGAAUGGCAUAUGUACCCGAGAACGGAUUUUAUCGCAAUAUGAGACGGAUUCCAGCUACUGUUCAGUUUAGCUAGGUUCCAUCAAGAUUAAUCAAAAAUCUAAAGGGGAAAUAUGGAUGAUGUCAUUAGUGGCCGUGUAGUUGGUGCUGGAGGUGGGGACAGCCACAUUGAUCCAGGCCGUCCUGCCGAGGUGUGGUGCUCGAUAUGAUCAGGAGCCAAUCCUCUGCACAAGCAUUGGGCAGAAGAUUGAGCUGUUGCCGCAAGUCAAUGGAGACUAGAUUAAGUACCCACAUGCUGUAAUGAUGGAGUAUGGAUGACGCCGGUCGUUAAACUAUCAGGUACAGAUGAUUGAAAGAGGGAAUGAGAUGGACGGACAUGAUGGAUGGGAAGAAUUGUUUGUCCCUGGGCGUCUCAUGAAGGAGAGAAGCAGCCACGCAGGUGGUUAGGAGAAAGGGGAAAAUGUGAAUGCAGAGAACCUGUGUGAAGUCUGUGAGAGAGAAUAGUGGUCUGAACUACGUCAUCAUACCCAGAUGGAGUACGAAACCAGAACACUGAUUCAUGAUCGAUUAUUCUCAAAUUAUCUUGUCCCUCUACGUCCUUGCAGGAUAAACAUGGUUCGCUAUGUCAAACAUAACAUGUAAACACAGAACUUAUACAACCCAGAACAAAACAAGACACAAAACCGUAAAUGUCUAAAAUUGGAAAUUGACCCUCGUGUGGUUCAUCAGUAAGUAGUUGAAUGGUAAGAACUUAGCAUAGAUUAAAAGAAAUCCUAUUAAAGUCCUCUCUCCACAUUGAGUUAGGUGUAAAUGGAUUUAUUUAGGAGAGUAAAAGGUGAUGGAGAAGAAAGCACGGUCAGGGGUGGUUGAUGCAGUUUUGAUGUUCCUAUGCAUGGAAUUGCAAUAGAGUAUAAUUAAGUUAAAGUAUGCUCAAUGAGCUUAGGCUUUGGUGAUAAAAUGCCUCUAUUUGUAAUUGCGUAUCCACAAAAACUGCUAAAAUUAUCUUUUCAAUUCGCGAUUAACAUUAAAUCCUCAACAGUUAUGUCCAUGCAGACCUGCACGGCGCUUCUAGCACAGUCAUCAAGAAUCAUAACCCAGAUCACCCUGUACCGCCUCUUACAUUGAAUCAGGCGGGAUGCUUCACUGUAAGUUGGAUGGGCCAGAGUUUGAAACUAAAUACUUAUUUAUUAUUCGGGUUUUCUAAUGUUUGGUGUUUGAUUGUACUUUGUGAAAUGUUUACCUGUACGAAAACUUGCCAAUUUGCGUGUCCUCCUUUGUAGGUCUGCCAAAGCCAAGCAUGGGACUCAAAAAUUGUUACCAGUGCAUGGUGGGUUUAUCCUCACCAAGUCAGUAAAACAGCUCCGACAGGGGAAUAUCUUACUGUAGGAAGUUUCAUGAUCCGAGGUAAAAAGAACUUUCUUCCUCCCCACCCUCUUGUUUUGGGAUUUGGGAUCCUUUUUCGCUUAGAUGAGAGCUCAUUGGGAUCACACUUAAAUGAAAGGAGGGUUAGGGGUGAGGAUGAAGGAUUCCCUGAUGCAGAAGAACCUGAAUCUCCAAAUUUUGGCUUGGAAAAUGGUCUUCUUAGUCGACAAGAUGCAGAAGAAAAUGAAGGACCAAGCCAUUAUUUAAGUAGAGUGCAUUCAAAGCCUGCGGUGGAAGACACACUGGAAAUUGAUGCAGCUGAUACUGAGCAAUCACCUUCUCCAGCUGUGUUUGAAACAUCUGGCCCCCUGGUAGGAAAUGAAAGGGAUAACCCGAUUGACAUUAGUGGUGACGGUUCCCACUUUAGGAAUGAAAUCGAUCAACCUCCUUUUUCACCUCACCUUGCGGAAAUUCUUGAUGAAGCUCUUAGCCUUGGACCUGUUAAGGGAUCGACCAAGGGUUACAUGCCUGAUUCUCCUCGGAUGAGUAUGGCAGAGGAGGAUAAUGGUACGGAAGGCCCAAAAGUUGCCUCAAGGGGGAACCCCUGUCUCUCAAAAGCAGAAAGGAGGAAACUUAAGAAAGGUGAGACGGGCAGGAGUGACAAUCCAAUGGAUCCACAAGAUCAUGAGGGCACGAGAAGUAAUAUUUUAGUAUCUGAAAAAGGUAAAAAUGUUGAUAAUCAGAAACCUCUUCGUCCCAAGGUGACCCGUGGACAGAAAGGUAAACUUAAGAAGAUAAAGGAGAAGUAUGCAGAUCAGGAUGAUGAAGAAAGGAAGAUCCGGAUGGCUUUAUUAGCUGUGAGUAACAUGGAAUUCAUUUUUUUUCUUUUCUUUUGUUAGAAAAUACGUAAUGAACAUAAUUGUUAUUUGUGGAACUAACAUUUUUUUAAAAUCUCCUAGUCUGCUGGAAAAGCCAAUGUAAAUCUUGAAGAACUGCAAGGAAAGGAGAUGGUUGCUGAUGAAGAAAUACAAGCAGGGACCGGUAUGUGCUGUAUAUUAAGAUUUCCGUUUUUAGAUUGCUGUUUGAUCUCUAUUUAGAAUAUCAUAUUUCUUGCUUCUUGGUGACUGGUACCAACCUCAUUCAGAAAAAAAAAAACAAGGAAAAGAUGACAGCAAAGCCAAAUGCGGAGUGUUAUUUCUUUACAGGUUGAUAGAGAAAACCAUGAUGUUAGUUAUUUAUAGGUUGGCACCGCAUUAUGGGGCAUGCCUAUGAAAUGUGUGGAGGAGAAAAUUGAGAAACAAACAGUGAGAUUGCUGUGAAAAUUUUAGAAAUUUGAAUAUGUUCUCUAGUGUCAACUCCUUUGUAGAAGAAUAAAGGUUGGGCUGGUAUUUGACCCUCUCUUGAUAUUCAUUCCUUGCAAGCUUCUUUGUUCUUUUAUGGCAGCCUUUGCUGUUUUAUCCAGUAAAGUUUGUUGUUAUUCAAUCAUAUCAUGAUUAUCUACCAUGCCUCUAUUUCUUGACGGAAUUUAAAUCUUUUUUAGAACCUAAAUAAUUGCAAGCUUAUCUGCACUGCCUUCAUCUUAGCUUGCCUUCUUCUCACCCUUGUGAAGCUGGAAAUGCUGGCUGUGUCUCGCUCCAUUUGAUCUUCCUUUUCAAUGUUUCCAUUAUCUCUAAUAUUUUCAGGACCUUUGUAUUUUUUAAUUUUUUUUUUUUACUGUUGCAUUUCUAUCAUAUCUUUAAAUUCGUUCAUUCCUUAUGUGAUGCCUCAAAUUUCUGCGUGUAUUGCUCUCUUUUUAGUUUUUUUUGUAUUGAAAAUAUGAGAUUGUUCCUGAUAUUCUAAUGGGUAAAACCCCAAAAGUUGCUAUCCUAGACAGGCUAAACUACUCUAAUGAAUCAAAUCCCUCCACUUCUUGAAUUUUAAGCUUAAUUUCUGGAUUACCCUGAUGGGCAACUCCUGAUUUUCUAAUAUUUAAUUCUGUGCUUGAUCCUCUUCGGUUUCUCAAUUAAAUCACGCUCUCUCCCCUGUGUUGUCUUAGUGAUGGUAAACUCAUGCAGAUCCUCACUCACUCUCGCCAUCUGUUUCAAUCCUCAAUCUAUGAUUAUGUUGCGCAGUUUGUUUACCUGACUCAAAUCAAUUUCCCUGAACCCCUCUUACCUCUCAGAUGCUCUAUCAAUUUCUCUUCCCUCCCCUUUCCUUUCACAUGUUAUGUAUAUAUAUAUAUAGCGAGAGAGAGAGAGAGAGAGAGAGAGAGAGAGAGAGAGUCACUUCCAUGAACAGUAGGAAAUAUACCAUCUUUGAACAGCUCCUUUUAUGUUCUUCGGUUUGGCAGGGCCGCCCGAGUCGUCCAAGAUAUGCUAUAAAUGUAAGAAGCCCGGCCACCUGUCGCGGGACUGCCAGGAACACGUGGAGGAAGUUGCCAAAAGUGUCACUUGGGAGGCCCCUUUUGGCCCGACCAAAGCCACCACCGACGCUCCCGAGCGAGUGUUCAUGGAGGAGGAGGGCAUCCACGAGAUAACCGAAGAGGAGAAGGGUAGGUUGAAUGAGCUUGACUACUUCACAGGGGCCCCACUCGUCAGCGACGUCCUGCUGUACGCUGUGCCAGUCUGCGGACCCUACAACGCCCUGCAGAGCUACAAGUAUCGUGUGAAGAUCACCCCGGGCACGGCCAAGAAGGGGAAAGGUACCCACCCACCCACCCUCUUUUGCCCCUCCAAUUAUCUUCUUCUCCCACGCUUAAAAUUGCUGCUAGAAUUUUGUUAUUAUGGAUCAUAGACAGCAGUAGCCGCAGAUGAUGAGAAAUUGCUGCUUUGCUCUUAUGAACUACGAACUGGUUCUCUUUAUUUUAGAUCUACUAGUUCUAUCUACACCCCUUUCUCUCUCUUGCUCUCUUGCUAUCAGUCCCUCUCUUCUCUUACUCCUCCCAUCUAUUUCUAUCCAUAUCCCCCCUCUCUCUCUCUCUCCCCACCUCCCCUUCUUCAUCUGUUUUUCUGUCCUCUCUUUCCCUCUCUGUUCUUUCUCUCUCUAUAGUAUAUCUCCAUCCUAUCUUUCUCCAAAUUUCUUGUUGUUCGUGAUUGAAUAAGAAGACUCACUGAUUGGGUGAAUGCCGCUUGUUCCCGCAGCUGCAAAAACCGCCAUGAACCUGUUCAGUCAUAUCCCGGAGGCUACGGGGAGAGAGAAGGAGCUAAUGAAGGCGUGUACAGACGCAGAGCUGGUGGCGUCGAUCGUCGGUAAUGUGAAGAUCACCGCACCUGGACUCACUCAGCUGAAACAGAAACAGAAGAAGGAAAAGAAGUCCGCUAAAGAUAAAUAG